AUGGAGAAACCAGAUAUCGUGGAGUCUCCGCGCAAGCGACAGAAGACUGAAGAUGCAGGCUCAACUGAGGUCGCUGUCGCUGUCAACGGCGCGACCGAGACCCCGAGCACCGCAGUCGCAGAUGCGCAGGCUUUGAAGGAAGUUGAGGUCGGUAUCACGGAGUUUGUAAGCAACGACACUGAGGGAUUCUCAGGUAUUUUGAAAAAGAGGAUUCCGCUAAUAAUCAUGGGCAGAUACACGGAUUUUAUGGUCAAUGAGAUCAUGACCACCGGCGAAGUUGUCCACCUCCGAUUCAACGAUAAGACCACCGAGUCCACGCCUGCUACACCUGCACCAAAAGCCCCUGAGGCGGAAGCCCCUGCUGCGGAGAAAACUGAGGACGCCCCGGCCAAGGAGGCGGAAACACCAGCUGAGUUCAAGGUUUCGGAAGAGGACCACACUCUUCUGGAGGAAUACUUUGGCGCUCAGUGUGCCGCGGAAAUCAUUGCGCUCCACAAGAUUGCUAUGUCUAAGCCAAAGGGCCGACCAAGUGAAUUUGGAAAUGUCACCUUUCCCGUGUCUGAUCGUGAUCUUCGUACCAAGAUCCACCAGUCUAUUCGUCGCAUUUUCAAGUCUCAGCUAGAAUCUUCUACCGACGCAGAGGGAAACAUGUCAAUCAGCGCGGCGAACAACCGUUUCAAGCGCGGUGCGACCGCUGGACGAUCCAAUGGCCGGCCCAGGGCCACCGAAUCAACUGGGAAGAACUCGGAGAACAAGGACACAAUGGAAGUCAUUGGCUAUAUCGCCCGCUCAUUGAAGAUGAAUCCCAAGUCUUUCCAAUUCGCUGGAACCAAGGAUAGGCGGGGUGUGACCGUGCAACGUGCCUGUGCUGUGCGCGUUCACCUCGAUCGGCUUGCAGGAAUGAACUCGGAACUUCGCAAUGCUUAUAUCGGAGACUUCGAGUACCGCAAACACGGACUGGAGCUUGGUGAUUUGCAGGGCAACGAGUUCGUGAUUACUCUGCGCGACGUUGAAAUUCCCGGCGUGAGCCUGAGUGAUCCUCAGGCUGCGAUUGCCAAGGCGUCCGAAGUUGUCGGUACGUCUUUGAAGAACCUCUACCAGCGGGGAUACUUCAACUACUACGGUCUCCAGCGAUUUGGAACCUUCGCAACCCGUACGGACGUGGUCGGCGUCAAGAUGCUGCAGGGAGAUUUCAAGGGCGCAUGCGAUGCUAUUCUGCAGUAUUCUCCUAAGUCUCUUCAGGCGGCAAUGGAGGGGAAAAUGUCCACUGCUAACAUCGGCGCUGAUGACAAGGAUCGCGCCAUGGCCAUUAAUAUCUUCCAGACCGGCGGUAACGUCAGCGACGCUCUGCAAAAGAUGCCGCGCAAGUUCUCUGCCGAAAACAAUCUACUCCGCCACCUCGGCCGGAACAAGAAGGAUUAUUUGGGUGCGCUGCAGAGUAUUCCCCGUAACCUGCGAUUGAUGUACGUGCAUGCAUACCAGUCGCUCGUCUGGAACUUUGCUGCGAGCGAGCGCUGGCGCCUUUACGGCGACCGGGUGGUGGCAGGCGAUCUCGUCAUUAUCCAAGAGCACCGCGACAAAGAAACUGUCUCUGUUACCGAGGCUGCCGAGACUGUCGACGCUGACGGUGAAAUUAUUGUUGUUCCUCAGGGCGAGGACAGUGCCGUUGCGGCUGAGGACAUGUUCAUGCGGGCACGUGCCCUGACGGCCGAAGAGGCAGCCAGUGGCAAAUACACCAUCUUUGAUCUGGUUCUUCCCCAGCCUGGAUAUGACAUUAUCUACCCCGAAAACGAAAUGAAGGAAUUCUACCGUCGCUUCAUGGAAAGCGAGCAGGGUGGUGGCCUUGACCCGUCCAACAUGCGCCGCCAGUGGAAGGAUAUCAGCCUUAGCGGCAGUUACCGCAAGAUUUUCAGCCGCAUGGUGACAAACAACUACUCUUUCGACGUGAAGCUUUAUUCCAAGGACGAUGAGCAGUUCGUUAAGACGGAUUUGCAAAAGCUGAAGGGUGAGGACAAGGAUGCCGAUACCACCAUGGCCGAUGAGACCCCAGCUGAUAAGCUGGCUGUUAUCCUGAAAUUCCAGUUGGGAUCAAGCCAGUACGCCACCAUGGCUCUUCGGGAAUUGACCCACGGUAAGGCCACAGCCCACAAGGCUGACUUCGGUGGUGGACGAUAA